CCACUGCGCAUGUCCAAGCGGGGGGCGCGGCAGAGCUUCCCGGUUGGCUAUGGCUGCGUGUCUCCUUCAAAGUGGUCCGGGUGGACCUUGUUUUUGUUUUAAUUAUUAUUCUUAUUCUUCUUGAAGACAAGAUGGACGGAGCUCCUGAAAGGAGCGGAGGACUCCGCUGCAUGCUGGAGUUUGCUGUCGAGAUGACUUGCCAAAAUUGUGUAGAGGCUGUUCGGAAAACACUGCAGAAGACCCCAGGCCUCCGCAUAGUUGACAUCCAGCUGGAUUCGCAGACUGUCCUGGUGGAGACAAGCCUUGGUAGUGAGGAAGUCCAGAACCUUUUAGAAACUACAGGGCGUAAGGCUGUGCUGAAAGGAAUGGGGAGUAAUGUGCCAGGAUUGCUCGGCACUGCCGCCGUGGCCAUGGUGUCGGGCCGCGGCCUGAUCCAAGGCGUCGUGAGGUUCCUGCAACUCUCGCCGGAAAAGUGCCUUGUGGAUGGCACGGUUGACGGCCUUCAGCCGGGGCUGCACGGCCUUCACGUCCAUGAAUUUGGCGAUCUCAGCAGGACUUGUGAGAGUUGUGGAGACCACUUCAACCCCAAAGGGGAAUGCCACGGAGGCCCUCAGGAUCUACACAGGCAUGUAGGUGACCUUGGGAACAUCUUGGCCACUGCUGACGGCAGAGCAUCCUUUCAGAUGGAAGAUCCUCAGCUGAAGGUGGACGAUAUAAUCGGCCGCUCCUUGGUGAUCGACGAAGGGGAGGACGACUUGGGACGCGGGAAUCACCCUCUGUCCAAAAUCUCUGGAAAUUCCGGGGAGAGAGUGGCCUGUGGAAUCAUUGCUCGCUCAUCCGGCCUCUUCCAGAAUCCCAAGAAAAUAUGUACCUGCAGCGGAAUGACCCUUUGGGAAGAGCGGGAAAGGUCAGCCAAGAGGCUAGGCCAGGCCGCUCCCGAACAACCCACUCCGCAUCUGUAGGACGCUGACCUCCACUGCCCCUCCCUUCGCUCUGGAGUUUGCAGGGGGAGGGGGGGGUUCACCAAUUCUCUGAAGGUGGGGAGAUCUCACUUGGUCUUCUGUAAUGACCCCAAUAAGGCAGGUUCGUGCGGGCGUGGGUGUGUUUGCCUGUCUGGAGAGAGGCACAAACAUACAUAAUUGGCUUUUGCUGGCAAGGGUGAAAAUAUCCGUGGCACGACAAAACCGCGCUCGACUAAAGCGCGCCCGAUUAAACCGCGUCGCUGACGUCAUCAGCAGG